GAGAGAGCAGGAAAGAAAAAAGCGAGAGAAAGAAAAAAGGGGAGAGAGACAGAGAGAAAGUUAGGGAGAAAGAAAAAGGGAGAGAAGGAAAGAAAGAGAAUUCAUUUAUGACAGUAUGUAGACAGAUAUUUUUUUUACUUUAUAUUUAAUCCAGCCGUUAUAAUUAUAAGAACAAAAAUCCUCUAAAGGGCAGUGAAGGCCAGUAAAUCACAAACCCUGUUGAGUGCUUUUGUCAAUCUUUAAUCCACAUUGCAGCAUUGCUGUCAACACUUCCUCAAGCGUCUGUGGGCUGGCUGAGGUUAGGAUGGCACAGAGAGCUGAGCAGUGGCUGAAUUUUACAUACACGGUUUCUUCUCAAGCCAUUCAUAUCUAUAAACAGGCCUCCAUGUGUUGAAGCAGUUGUAGACCAGCAUUUGAGGAAGGAUUCAGAGUGAUUUUAAAGUAUUCCAGCACUGAACUGGCCAUGGCUGAAGCAUCCAACGUCACAACCCAACCCCCCAUGCUCCCACUCGAAUACAGGGUGAGUCUUGUGUUCCUCUACACUCUCAUCUUCCUCGGGGGCAGCAUAGGCGCCGGCCUCAUGAGCACCAUCCUGAAGUCCAACAUGCUGUCCAUCACCACCGUGUCUGUGAUCAACCUGUUGGUUGUGCAUCUGCUCUUCCUCCUGACCGUACCUUUCCGCAUCUACUACUACGUCAGUGACCACUGGGCCCUGGGCCGCGACUUCUGCAAGAUGGUCAGCGGGAUGAUCCACGCCCACAUGUACCUCAGCUUCAUCUUCUACAUCGUGAUCCUGGCGGCGCGGUACCUGGCCUACUUCGAGUGGGGCCAUCAGUUGGAGUUCUAUCGAGCUCUGCAUGCGGUCAUCGCCAGCGUGAGCUUGUGGGCCAUCAUCCUGGGCAGCGCUCUGCCCGCCUCCCUAGUCACUUACGGAUCUGUACCAAACGGAAGCCUAAGUAAUGAAGUGUGCUUCGACUUCGGUGGCGCUCUACAAAACGUCGGCGUUGAAAUCCUGAACUACAUCAUCAGUGCUGUGGUGCUGUUGGCCUGGAUCGUUCUGGCCUGCAUCCAGCUGUGCAUCCUGUGGCGAGUUUACGGAAAAUAUGGCCGGGCCUCGUUCGCUCAUCAGGAGUUUUGGGCUCAGAUUAAAAGCCUGUUCUUCGUGUUGAUCAUGUUUCUCUGCUUUGUGCCUUACAAUGUGUUCAGGAUAUACUACGUGAGCAAGUACUGGGCCGGGCUUCAGAAAGUCAAUGAGGUUUUCCUCGCUAUCACCGCCUUCAGCUGCUUCGACAUGCUCACGUUUGCUGGCAGGGGCGUAUGGCGGUCUGCUUACACGCAGUGCUGCACUUUAUGUGAAAGGAGAAGAUGACCUAAGGUGUUUUUUUGCUAAACUUUAUCGAAUGGACAUCUGAAAUGCAGAUGAAUUUUGUUGUUCAUUGAGGAAACAUUAACUUAACUUCAUCGAAACACCUUUAAAGUAUCGUUUUACUGCUUUCCUUCACACAAGUGCAUUUUACCUCAAGCCAGGUGAAUUACAGGGAAAUUCCACUUUUAUUAUUUCUGCAUUAAUCAGUCACUGAGAUUACGAUUGAGAGUAGUUUGGUAGGAAAUGGUGCACUGUAGAGAAACUUACCAACUCUACGGUGGUGCUGGUAGUAACUGGGGUUGUGAUGUGUACAUGUGCCUUCUAAAUUUUUAUAUGUAAUGUAUUACAUGUAUAUGUAAUGUAAGUUGAUAAUACUAAAACAGGGGAAAAUCUGAAAAAAUGUGUUUGCUUUGAGGACUAUUUUGCCUUAGAGCACCCUGCAUGUAUCCCUUCACCAUGCCAACAUUUAAAAAAAUACAUUUUAGGCCAAACUUUUAUCUUAAAACUAUCACAAAGCAGUCUCAUUAACAUGAGGCAGCAUAUUCAUAACCAUUUAAUGUAAUAGUUUUCUAUGAAAUAGUUUGUAGCAUUAAAACUCUUCAGAUGUCUGGUUCCUAUCACCACCACUGAGAACAAAUUCACAUCAAACCACUCU